GCCGGGCGGGCGCGGGGCCGCGGCGGGCUUUAGGCGGCGGCGCCAUGGAGCGGCCCGGGAGCGCCGAGGGGGCCUGGGCCGCGCUGCUGGGCCGGCAGCACCCGCAGGCCCGGGAGUUCUGCCCGGGGGUGAACAACCGGCCCUACGUGUGCGAGACCGGGCACUGCUGCGGGGAGAGCGGCUGCUGCACCUACUACUACGAGCUGUGGUGGUUCUGGCUGCUCUGGACCAUCCUGAUCCUGCUGAGCUGCUGCUGCGCGUUCCGGCACCGCCGGGCCAAGCUGCGCCUGCAGCAGCAGCAGCGGCAGCGUGAGAUCAACCUCAUCGCCUACCACGGUGCCUGCCACUACCCGCCCUCCUCGGGGGACCUCCGGCUGCUGGCCUCCUUCAAGCUCCCGGCGUACGAGGAAGUGGCGCAGCGCCCCGGGACGCCGCCGCCGCCCUACAGCCCCGGGAGCCCCUCGCUGUCCCCCGGCUCCUCCGGAGGCUGCAGCUCCUGCUCCUGCGGCUGCUCCUGCGCCUCCUCCCCCAGCAGCUCCUCGCUCUCGGCGCCGGGCACCGACGAGACGGACCCGGAGCCGGGCCCGGGCCCCGGGGGUGGAAGUACCGGCCGUGACUACGGCUCCAGCAGCACCGGCACCGGCGCCAGCUGGGACCUGCCCCUGCCCGAGGAGCCGCCGGCCCGCGGGGGCCCCCCCAAACAAGUGCCCCCGGACUUCUGCGAGGCCGAGGGUCACCCCUGCUCCAACACCGAGGGGGGCGAGGGCGGGGGGAGCAGAGUGGUGCCAGGGGGAUGCGCCGGGCGGCACCGGCGGCUCACAGGGGAUUCGGGCAUCGAGGUGGGCCGGGGCCUAGAGGAGGAGGAGGGCGAGCCUGAGGGCUGUGGGGGAGCAGGGGGUGGUGGGGGGCCUGGCUCACCUGUGCUGCCUGUCUGAGCCCCCCCCACCAAGACCCCCAACUGGGGUCUGGACUCAUCACAGAGCCCCUGGGGAGCCCCUCACCCCGACUGACACCCACCUUGCAGUGUGGUGGGGUCCUGCUGCAGCCCCCUCCCCUCCAAACUGCUCCUGGGGCCUCCCCUGUGAUCCCGGUGCUGCUGCCCGGGGGGGCCCCAUCACCCAGGGGGUGCCCAAGACCACGGGGGUGGGUGCUCCUGGCACGUUCCCUCACCAAUAAAGAGAUGUGGAAAUACCA